CAGAAAUGACGUUUUUUCUAAAAUGUGUUCGGAGAAAUAUUGGUCAAACCGGUUCCGUUGUUUGUUUAUCCUCAACACUCUGGUUCACCAGGAAUGAUAAAACUUCUGAUGAACCAUCUCAUAAUACAGCAUUUAACUAUAAAGAAGACGAAUUACCCCCGUUACCGGCCAAUCCGCCGAAUAUACCUUCUCCUUCUCUUACUCACGCUUUUUUACUAAAACAAGCCAGUUUGUUAUCCAUAGACUCCUCGUCAGCUCUUCUCAAUAGAACCAUGGAAGCUCUUUUUGAUCUUAACAGAUCCUACUGUAAACAUAUGGAAGAGCUGGCAGCAAUUUACGAUCUUACGGCUGACAAGUUACCCUUAGCUUUUACUAGUGCUGAAUUGUAUAGCAAGCUAGUGGAAUUAAAGCUCUCCAUUAAGAGUGAGAGAGAUGAGCUGCAGGCUCUAAUAUUGAUGUUUGAAUAUUCUAAGAAAUUAAUGGAAUCCUCAAUAGAAACUUCAUUUUUAGCUGGUGCGGAACAAGCGUCCACCCACGCCUCACAGUAUCUACACACUGCACAGUCCACUGUAGAAAAAGAACUAAGACGAACCAAAAGCAUAGAGAUAAGCUUGCGAUUAGCUGAGAAGUACCACAUUGAGAAUGCUGAAGGAGAUGCUAAAGAACCACAAGAAAAUCCACGUGUACUUGAUAAAGAGUCAUUUGUGGCAUCUGCGCAGGAAUUGAAACCAACGCCGGCCAUUACUGAAAGUUCAACCGAAAUCCAGAUUUCACAAUAUGAAGAAAAAGAAGAAGACACUGAUGAUAAAGAGAAACGUGGAAAAUUCAGUUUUCUUUUCAACAGUGAUGAACAAGUGAAAAUUAGUAUUAAGGAAGAGAAUGAAGACGACAUUGUGAUAAGUUCAAAGACAGAAGAUGAAGAGCCAGUAACUGAAGAAGAAGAAAAAGAGCAUAAGGAAGAUGAUAUAGAAAAUGCCCCCUAUAAAAUGCCAACAUAUUGAGGACAAUAAAAUUUACAAUUUCUUAUAUUUUUCAGAAAAA